AAAUAAGAUCAUAUAUCAACUAAAUACGUGUUGAAAAAAUUAGGGUCAAAAAUUUCCCACACGAAAAUCUCCUUUUACCUCAGCAUUAACUUUUUAAUCCUGCUUCUACUUGUACUUUUUUGCAUAUUUUCCACAAACCGACUUUUCUUACACAUACAUAUAUAUAUAUAUGCAAAUCUUAAUCACACGACCUCAGAAAGGAAACCACUGUGUGAACCAGAGAGAAAAGAGAGAGAAACUGGGAGACGACAAGCAACAAGAAGCACAUCUUUUUUUUCUCUCUCUUUCUCAUUACAUUAUCUCUUCCUUACUCUCUCUGUUUCUCUCUUUCCUUAUUAACCUCUCAUUUAAUAACACAGAGCAGAAAAAAAGAGAGAGUCUUUUGCUCUUGUCUGGGGAGAGAGCUCUAACAAUGGCGAACUUGGUCUUAUCAGAAUGUGGCAUAAGACCUCUCCCCAGAAUCUACACCACACCCAGAUCCAGUUUCCUCUCUAAACCCAUCUUCAAGCUCAGACCAUCUCCUUCUUCCACCACAUCCUCCUCUUCUCUCGCUCUCCGUCUGAAUUCUCGAGAUGGGUUGAGGAAUUGGGCGUUGAACGUGAGCACACCGUUAAAAGUCGAGUCUCCGAUCGAGGAGGAGCAGAGAUUCGACCCAGGUGCGCCUCCUCCGUUCAAUUUGGCGGAUAUCAGAGCAGCCAUACCUAAGCAUUGCUGGGUUAAGAAUCCAUGGAAGUCCAUGAGUUACGUCGUCAGAGACGUUGCCAUCGUCUUCGCAUUGGCUGCUGGAGCUGCUUACCUCAACAAUUGGCUUGUCUGGCCUCUCUAUUGGCUCGCUCAAGGGACCAUGUUCUGGGCUCUCUUUGUUCUUGGCCACGACUGUGGACAUGGUAGCUUCUCAAAUGAUCCGAGGUUGAAUAGUGUGGUGGGUCAUCUUCUUCAUUCCUCAAUUCUGGUCCCUUACCAUGGCUGGAGAAUCAGCCACAGAACUCACCACCAGAACCAUGGACAUGUUGAGAACGACGAAUCUUGGCAUCCUAUGUCUGAGAAAAUCUACAAGAGUUUGGACAAACCGACUCGAUUCUUUAGGUUUACACUGCCUCUAGUGAUGCUCGCGUACCCUUUCUACUUGUGGGCUCGAAGUCCAGGGAAAAAAGGUUCUCAUUACCAUCCAGACAGCGACUUGUUCCUCCCUAAAGAGAAAAAAGAUGUCCUCACUUCUACUGCUUGUUGGACUGCAAUGGCCGCUCUGCUUGUCUGUCUCAACUUCGUUAUGGGUCCAAUGCAAAUGCUCAAACUCUAUGCAAUUCCUUACUGGAUAAAUGUAAUGUGGUUGGACUUUGUGACUUACUUGCAUCACCAUGGUCAUGAAGAUAAGCUCCCUUGGUACCGUGGGAAGGAAUGGAGUUACUUGAGAGGAGGACUUACAACAUUGGAUCGUGACUACGGAGUGAUAAAUAACAUCCAUCACGACAUAGGAACUCAUGUGAUACAUCAUCUUUUCCCGCAGAUCCCACAUUAUCAUCUAGUGGAAGCAACAGAAGCAGCUAAACCAGUUUUAGGGAAGUAUUACAGGGAGCCCGAUAAGUCUGGACCUUUGCCAUUACACUUGCUGGGAAUUAUCGCAAAAAGUAUCAAAGAAGAUCAUUAUGUGAGCGACGAAGGAGAUGUUGUAUACUAUCAAGCAGAUCCGAAUCUCUAUGGAGAAAUCAAGGUAUGAGCAGAUUGACAUGAAGCAGGCAGAGAGAGAAAAGCUAUGAAAUUCUUCUAUUUCUGACCAGCUGAUUUUUUGCUUACUAAAUGUCAAUUUAUUGUGUUACUGUUACCACCAGAGAUAACUCUCUGAGUAUGAACAACGAAUUUGUUUUCGGUACUUAAAGAUACAUAGCAUUCUCUUAGACUCAACCUUCUUCAAGGUUUAUGUAUAUUUGUAUUUGAAUGAUUAAAAACCAAACAUUUUCAGUUUUGAUUUAUACUUUUUUAAAUGCUAGCUUCAGUAAUUAUUAUUGAAGAAUGUUUAUCUUAA